GAGCGCGGCGCGGCUGCUGGCGGCGGCGGGCGGGCCGUUGGCUGCGCUGAGGCGAGCGCCCGGCAUGGAGCGGGCCGGGGCGGCCCCGCGGGAGCAGCAGAGGAGACAGUUCCAGGAGUGCCUAGCGGCCAAAGGAAAGCUGAAAUGCCUGAGUGCAAAAUCCCUUUUAAAGGACCAGAUGAAUCGCCUGAAUCCACACUCAGAACCAGUUUCUAAACUACAGCACGUUGACAGGAACAAGAAGGAUGCUCUUGGAAACGUGGUGAAGGGUGCUCAGAGGGAUGGCAAGCUUGGUGCCAAAUCCACACAGCACACUGGCCACGCUGCUCAGCAGAAGGCUUCAAAGACGUCCCAGAGAGCAGCUGUGGUGCAUUCAGAGGAGCCAAAGAAGAGGGCAAAGCUUCCCGUGGGGCUUGUGCCAAGGAUGAGCCACUCUAUGCAGGCCAGAGGGACGCUGCCAACUUCAAACUCUGGUCACCUAAAUCCAGAAUCAAACAAGGAGCCUGGACAGGAGACUGUCACCACUGCAGCACCUCGGUCUGGAAGUGACCACCCCCCUCCUGGGGCACCUCGCUCCCUGGAUGAGGACCUGCAGGACAGGUUGGUCUGCAACAAAGAGAACGUCCAAGCACAAGCCACCACGCACCCUGUGCUGAACAGACCUUUUCAGUCUGAUGGAAACAGUCUCAGGAACAAGAGAGUCUUGGCUCACCUGCAAAGCUCGGCCACGUUGUCAAGAACCAUCAUGGGUCCAAAGGACAGAACUAAAAGCCACCAGGCUAAAGAAGAGCCGAUUCAGGAUAAAUUCAGGAAAACCCUGCCAGUCUCAAAGAUUGUGUCUCAAAAACCAAGUGUCAAAACCCAGCCAUUGCAGCCCCCUCGGUUACUUACUGGUUCUACUAAUUUGCUACAUAAAAAACCAGGGGCAAACCAGGAAAAAACUAAUAAGGCAAGGGAGCCUGUAGGAAAGCCACUCGGCGUACUGCCCAUGGGAGGUCUGAAGCACCACAGCAGACCCCCACAAAUGAAAAGAUCUCCCACAAAGCCUCUGGCCUCCAGCAGGCCCCAGGGGACCACAAACCUGAAAUCCACCCUGAAACCAGGUGGCACAGUGCAAUGGCAAAGGCCCACGGCUAAAGGGGAGGUGGAUAAGAAGGGUGUGAAGGUGCCUCCUGGAUGUGCAGCAGCAUCCCGAGUGACAGUCCCCCAAAAGCAGCCUCGCACAAUACACAGCUCCAAAACUCGAGCAAUUGAGAGUGAUUUUAAGAGUAGGAGAGAGAGGCUUAAACCAGAGCUGCCAAAGGCAAGUGGAAUACAGGCUAGGCGUGUUCCCAAGACCCCGUCAGCAGCGGAUCGGAAGAAACAGCUGGAGGAGUGGUUGGCAUCCAAAGGCAGGACGUACAAGCGGCCACCUAUGGUGCUGCUUCAGAAAAAUCCAGUGAAGCUGUCCUGGAGAAAUGUCAAGGAGAAAGAGAAGCCAGAGAAACGAGAGCAGCUCUGCCUGGAGAGUAUCAACAACUUAUUAACUGAGUGCUUGAAGCUCGUUGAGGAGGGUGUCCAGGCAGAGGAGCUCUCUGCAGUGCUGUCUCACGUGCCCCAGGCAGAGAAAUUUGCCAAGUUCUGGAUCUGCAAAGCGAAACUCCUUGCCCGGAGCGGCCCUUUUGAUGUGACGGGGCUGUACAAAGCGGCAGUCUGCGCUGGUGCUGUGCCACUCCAGGAGCUCAGAGAAGUUGUCCUUGAUAUUUUGAAAGCUGCAGAGCAACCAUCAGACGGGGAAAAGGCUGAGCAGCCCGUUCCUUGGGAGCCUACAACGCCCUGCCCAAGCAAGGGGCAGCUUGUGGCAGCAACUCCCUGCCUGACGGGGAGGUCCCUGACCAGCCUGCCCGCCUCAGUCAAGUUACAGGUUACGUCUGCAACCAGAGGAAAGGAGCUGCUGGAAGGCCAGGAGCUGAAAUUCCUGACGCCAGUGCGGCGCUCGCUGCGGAUAGAGCUGGCCGGGAGCCACUACCCAUUGAUGCUGAAGGACCAUGACCCUGUGGUGUCAUCCCUCAGUGAGAUCCUGAAUGCGGAGGAGGAGACGCGGUUCUUCUUCCGGAAAAACAAGGCUUUGCCAGAGGUGGCAGAGCUGGAGGGUUUGAGUUUGUACCCCCCGGACAGCUGCUGAGGUGGGGUGCAGGCUGCUUGCUCCCCAUGCUGCCUUGCAUGCACUCCGGCAACUUCUCUUUGCCUCUUAGAUGUAAAUAUGUAGGGGUGGCAGAUAAUAAGCCUGUUUCAAAUAUAUAAGCACUGUUAUAAAUAUAUAAAAACUUGCAGCAGA